AUGACUUCUUUCUGCUUCUCGCCUGCUUCGGCUGCCGCCCGCCCGUCUGAGACCGGUCCGCAGUCCAGGGUUCAAGUCCCUGCCCCCGUCAACGCCAGCACCCUCGUGGCCUCGCUCGGUUCCUUCCUCCGCCGCGUCCCUCGCCUUCUCGCAGCCGCCGUCACAAGCGCUGUCCGCCCGAUCCUCCGGUACAUCGGUACCCCGACACCCCCCGCGAUGCUUGCCCGUAGCUCGUCUUCUCGUCAACCCCAGACUGGAGCUACCCGGCCCUCGAUCACGGUGUCGUCCUCUCUUGGGCCGGAAUCCCGGAUCAGUCCUUCUUCGGUCGGUUCUCCUUUGGUCAGGUCUCCUUCGCCAUCGGUUGGUUCUGCGUUUACGGCUCCUGUUGGACCUGUUUGCACUCCUCCCGGUCGGUCCCCGCAUGGCUUCACCCUGAGUAUGUCCCAUUACUUAGGUCCUGAGUCCCGGGUUGGUCCUCUGCCUUUGGAAGGUUCCUCGCCUUCGGUUGGAACUGUGGUUACGGAGCCUGUUGGUCCUGUUUGCACUCCUCCCCGUUUGUCUCCGCGUGCCUUCACUCUCAGUAUGUCCCAUUACUUUGAGUCGGUUCCCCGGGCCAGUCCUUCGUCUUCGGUUCGCUCUGCUUCAUCUGGUUCUCCAGGAUCUGGUUUGGUUUCCGUUUCCAACCUGGAGGAUCCGUUUGUGGACGACGCCGCUGACCCUGCUCUGGCUUCGCCAACCUGUCCUUUGGUUUCGCCCAUCAGACCUCCUCCUGACUUUGAACAGUUGAUGGCCUUUGCCGACCGGCAAAUCAACCUGGCCCGCGCUUACACCGCUAAGCGUCGACCUGCCCCCGUCACUGUUCCUGCUCCCAGGACCCCGGAGCCAAGGACCCCUGAGCAAAGGAUACUAAGGACUCCGGAGCCCUGGACGCUUUCGUCUAUGACUACCUCGCCUUCGGUGGAUGCCCCCGUUGAGGAGUCUGGCUCGCUGUUCCGUGAUCCGGUUGACCCGCCUUGUACGCCUCCGCCUCGUACUCCUCCUCCUCGUGAGAUGGAUACCCUCGACCGCAGCGUUGAACGGCAACGGCUCCGGGCCCGCGAGCUCAGCGCAGAGGCCAAGGCGAAGUUUGCGCAAAUCCGGGCUCUCCUGUCGGAUUGGCCUGCUCCCCAGAGGCGGUACGCGCCUUCUCACGACUACAGCACGGACUCGCCUACGCCGCACACCAUCUCCAACUGGGACUCGACCUUGGAAGAGGAUCGGGUUUCGGAAUACUCCUGGACCAAGGGCGCCUUCCCUGUCGCCUCUCCUGAGCUCCCUGGAGCUCUCGCGGAGUGGGAUUCGCCGGCCGCCUCCCCUGUGUAUUCUGGAUCCCCUGUCGCUUCUUCCUCUGGUUCUGUUGGCUCGUCUGGUUCCGUUGGCUCGUCUGGUUCCGCUGGCUCUUCUGGUUCUGCUGGAUCAUCUGGAUCAUCUGGUUCUUCCGGCUCUCAUGGUUCAUCUGGUUCCACUGGCUCUUCUGGAUCUGGUGGCUCCUCUGGGUACUGUGCGUCCCCCGGAUCUACCGGAUCUUUCGGUACUUCCAGCUUUUUUGGGUCUCCUGGUUCUUCUGGUUCUGCCGAGGAAUCUGGAUCGAUCUCUUCCUUGCUGGAGCUUUAUGGUCCUCGUUCGCCCGUGCCUGCGCCUGUUCCCGUGCCCGUUCCUACGCCUGAGCCUGAGUUUGACCUGGUCACGUCCACGAUCACGACCCAGCCCAAGGGCAUGAAGGCAGUCACCCUCAAGAUCACCCGCCGCGUUCCUCGGGUUAGGUCUUAG